CAACAAGUUACUGAUUCAGUGAGCCUGGUGCUGGAACAAGUUUGCCUGACUGAGUGGUGUUGUUCUUCCAAUAAGUAACUAAGAAGUAUUGGGUGUUGUUGUCAUGUUUGUUUUUGUAGGAUGUCGAGGCCUCUUGGUCUUAUCUAUUGCUGUAGCUUGCUGUUUGGCUGCUGAAGGAUUGGCAGAAGACGAAUCAUACUCGUCAUCGUCAUCAGGUGUCCUUAAUUAUCUUCCAUGUAUGGGAAAGCUCCCUGGUGACAGCUCUUCCCGAAUUUACAUCCAUGGUGAAUUUAUGAGGCUAAAUGACUGCACAGUCUGCACCUGCGAUAAUUCCACUUUGAGUUGCCAGAUUGAGUCAUGUCCACAAGAACUACCCUGCGGUCCCAGCAGUAGAACGAAACGCGAUGGUGAAUGCUGCAAGACGUGUCCUAAAAAUGUGGUCCCACGUGAGCUUUCCUGUAUGUACGAUGACCAAAUUAUACGUCAUGGUGAGCGAAAGGCGCUGAAUGACUGUUCGGACUGCGACUGUGAUAACUCCACUUUGAGUUGUCAGUAUCGUACAUGUCCACCACUUGAUUGCAGACAAAGAAUCAAAAUUGAAGGGGAAUGCUGCAAGAUUUGCGGCUACAAUGUUACUGUGAAUGAGAUUAAUCCAGAGGUGCCACAAGCUUCCAUAAAACAAGGCAAAGCAAAUGAGAUUGCUCUGCAGCUGAAAGUGAAGUAUUCGGAGGCAAUUCCAUGGAGUCAACACCGUCGAGGAAUAUGGACAGUGAGGGUGUGGAUGUCUAGCAGUGGAAACGGGCAGAACGAGCUGUCUGGCACCGUCAUGCAGAAAGCAUUGCCUGAAAGAGAAUGGCCCUCUUCGGAAAUGGAGGGUAAAGUCGUCUUCAACGACGUCAGCUAUGGCUUUGACUUGACCGGCCAUACCUGUCAAGAUGCUCAAUUCGUCUGUGCCCAGUUCAUCAACCCCAAAAAGGAACGGAACGAAUAUUAUUCCCUGGUCUUCAUCUCUCCGCUGUACGGGGAAGCUGUGACAAGUUGUGUUGAAAAUACCAACUGCCGAGGUUAGCUUGGACAUCACCACUGCUAAGCAUCACCGCUGAUCUCCAACUUGGAAACAGAAACAGUUCAACUGCAGGUGGAGUUCAACUUUCCAUAAACAAACCGAGCUGGUUGGGAAGGACGACUGCAUACCAUUAAACCAAAUCAAACAUUUCCUGUAAGCUUCCAAGUAAAUAAAAAUACAUUCCAUAACUGGUUGUUUUGUUUUGUUUCCACCAUGUUUUUAUUACUUUGUAAACAAACUGGAUUUGUUUUGCAUUGAUGGCUUUGUAUUGAUUGCAAAAACUCGAGCUGUGACGUUGCAUUAGAAAGGUCUAUGAAUGCCUCAAAGUUUUGAGCGUUAUUAUCAUGCAAAAACUCGAAAAAUUUACAAACAAUUUGCAGCCCUAAUUUCCAUUUAGGAAACUCAGGUUUAUUAUGACCAGCAGGCAAACAAAGUCUAUGAUGAGUAGCAGUUUCAGAUGUUGAAUUUUCUAUAGUGCUGUGCAGAGGACGUUAACAUCAAAAUAUUGUAUUUCUAGUGUGCUUUGCUAGUUGCUCAAAGAUAAUAAAAUAAACUGAUGACCUGAACAUUCAAUGGAGUUUAUAUAACAUUUAUAGUUAAUGUGAGUGAUCCUGGAUUAAAGGGUCUGGUAACUUUUGUAGGACAAAAAACCCAAUGUCACAGAUUUGAACUCACACGGUUUGAAAAUAAUGAUAGUAGAAAGCUUCCCUGAAAAAAUUACUUGCUGAGGGGCUGUAGUUUUUAAAAGUGAGUAAAACAGGGUCAUGAACUUAAUUUUCGUCUCAGUGAUCAUGAGACGAAAAUUAUUUUAG